UGUAUUUGCGUAAAAAUGAGAGGCAUAUUAAUCCAUGCAGUUUUAAUGUACGAUAUCGAGGCGAAUUCGUAGCAGAAUGCUUUAAAAACAGAAAACAUAUGUAAGAAAAAGCUUUCGAACUGAAGUGCGGGUGAUAUAACCACGUUAAUUAUCUUUUGCAAUAUAAUACGCGAAACCGUGAAAGAAGAUGAACACCCCACAGUCGAAUAAAAAAAAGGGCAGAAGUAGAAUUGGUGUUAAUAGCAAUAGCACCAGUCCCGCGAACACCGAAACGCUAAGCACGCAGGAAACAUCGAAAUUUGUUUUGGUGAAUCCCAUUGGUGAAGAUACAAAUAAAACAUUUAAAAUUGGAAUCACAGAUUCAAUACCUAUUAUUUCUUUGGAAGGGAAUGGUUUUGAUGAAAAGAACAUGAUUCAAAAGGGACAUGCUGUACCACCAGAUAAAGAUAGAGAGGAAAAGAAUAUUCUGAACAGUUUACCUGUAGCUAUGGUAAAGCAAAUAGAUGGAUACGAGCAUCAGUUGGGCGAAGCAGAACCACUUCCAAAUUCUUAUAUUAGGUUUAUGGAACGUAGUGGUGAAGAACUUGAUGGUGAAGUUGAAUAUGAUUUAGAUGAAGAAGAUACUGCAUGGUUGUCUAUAGUAAAUGAAAGACGACUAGCUUCUGGACUUAGUCCAGCUUUGGAAGCUGAUACAUUUGAAUUAUUGAUGGACAGAUUAGAGAAAGAAUCAUAUUUUCAACAACAAAGUAAUGGUGGUGGUGGAAUAGCAGCUGACGAGGAUGCAGUUUGCUGUAUUUGCAUGGAUGGAGAGUGUCAGAACAGUAAUGCUAUACUAUUUUGUGACAUGUGCAAUCUUGCUGUUCAUCAGGAUUGUUAUGGUGUACCAUAUAUUCCUGAGGGACAGUGGUUGUGCAGAAGAUGUUUGCAAAGUCCUUCACGAGCAGUUGAUUGUGUUUUGUGCCCAAAUAGGGGUGGUGCUUUUAAACAAACUGAUCGCCCAGCUACAUGGGCUCAUGUUGUGUGUGCUUUGUGGAUUCCAGAAGUAAGGUUCGCCAAUACAGUGUUUUUGGAGCCUAUUGAUAGUAUAGAGAGUAUACCUGCUGCACGUUGGAGACUUACAUGUUGUGUGUGUAAACGCAGAGGGUCAGGUGCUUGUAUUCAGUGUCAUAAAAGUAACUGUUAUGCUGCAUUUCAUGUGACAUGUGCACAACAAGCUGGUUUGUGUAUGCGUAUGAGGACAGUACAACCUGCAAAUGGAGAACCAAUGUUAGUUCAAAAAACAGCAUAUUGUGAAGCUCAUAUGCCAUCUGAUUAUCAACCUUCCACCAAUCCUGCCGAUGCAAGACGAAGAGCAAUUGCAAAUAAAAAGAGUUCUUCUGCUCCUGUUAUCUCUAUUCCAACUAUACCACCAGAACGUAUUAAAGAAAUUGCUAGCUUAGCUGAAGGGCUACCUAAACGAAGUCAACUGAUACAGCGUCUUAUAGCAUAUUGGACUCUAAAACGCCAAUACAGAAAUGGUGUUCCACUUCUUAGAAGACUUCAGAGUUCACACCCACAAUCAAGACCACCACCUCUUGGAGAAAAUUUAUCACCACCACCAGACAGUGAAUUACGUGGAGAAUUGUAUCGUCAAUUAAAAUAUUGGCAAUGUCUGCGUCAAGAUCUCGAGCGGGCUCGAUUACUUUGCGAAUUAGUACGCAAACGUGAAAAAUUAAAAAAAGAAUUAUUCAAAGUAAAGGAAAAAUGUUUGUGGUUCGAACUACGUCCUUUAGAAAGUAUUCUGCGCUCCUUACUAGAAGCAAUUAAAAUGAAAGAUAUAAACGAUGUAUUUGGACAACCUGUGAAUACUAAAGAAGUUCCAGAUUAUUUGGAAAUUGUAUCACAUCCUAUGGAUCUUUCUACUAUGCAGGCUAAAAUAGAAAGACAAGAGUAUGAUACUAUUGGAGCUUUUGAAGCAGAUUUUAACCUAAUGGUGAAUAAUUGCUUGGCCUACAAUCGUAAGGACACCAUGUUCUAUCGAGCUGGAAUAAAAAUGAAGGAACAAGGUGGUGCUCUUAUAGAACAAGCUCGCAAAGACUAUCCUGAAUUGAACCCUGUUGGUGAAAAUGAGCAAACAGCAUCCAAAUCCAGGAAAAGGGAUCGUACUAAUAGAAGUCGUGGAGAGACUGAAUUACAGUCUGGAGAAAAAGAAAUGGGAGGAGUAAACAGAAGAACAGCAGUUCUCUUCACUCGUAAAGCAAGAGCAAGGGCCAGUAGAAGUAAUCAGAUAUUCAUUUUAGAAGAUGAUAAAAAGAAACAAAGUGACAGCUUUAAAGUGUACAGGAGUGGAACAAUGGAUAGCGAUGUGGGAGAAGGUGAAAGUCAAUCAUCGAGUUGUAGCAGCUGUUCAACGAGUCGGUCGACUACACCCGAUUUUGAAGAAGAAAAACAGAGGCAACAAGAAGCGAACGAAGCAAAAAAAGAGCUAGAAGGCAAGCAGGGUGCAGCUAACAAUGGUCUGGAGGCUCUCCAACUUGUAUGGGCCAAGUGUCGUGGGUAUCCCUGGUAUCCGGCUCUUAUAAUAGAUCCUAAUACACCGAGAGGCACUGUGCAUAAAGGUGUACCAAUACCAGCGCCGCCCGAUGAUGUAUUAGCACUCGCAGUCAAUUAUAAAGAACCAGUAUUUCUUGUUCUUUUCUUCGACACAAAAAGAACAUGGCAAUGGUUACCAGGGGAGAAGUUGGAAAAGCUUGGAGUAUCUCAGGAAUUGGACGAAGCGAAGCUAAUCGAGUCUCGAAAGCCCGCGGAUAGGAAGGCCGUGAAAAAAGCAUAUCAGGAAGCACUUCAUUACCGCAAACAGACUCACAAUACGUCGAUGAACGCCGGCUCAGCCAGCUAAUCUCAUGAAUUCUGAUAAGAUAUUACUUGUAACUAUAAAGUAGUUCUCUUUAAG